UUCCCACCCCUCGAAGUGGAGCUGCACAUGCGGCUGCUCCCUGCUCCGUCCCGCCCAGCGCCCGUAGCGCAGGAACGGGUCCCUGCAGCCCCCAGCCGAUGGCAGGACAGUAGCCGCCUGUCAGGGGUCGUGAACCGCUGAGGCAGACGCGGCGGCUCCCGGGCCUCAGAGAGUGGGCGUCUCCGGAGGCCAUGGGCUACCCCGAGGUAGAGCGAAGGGAACCUCUGCCCGCGGCAGCGCCGCGGGAGCGGGGGAGCCAGGGCUGCGGCUGUCGCGGGGCCCCUGCCCGGGCGGGCGAAGGGAACAGCUGCCGGCUCUUCCUGGGUUUCUUUGGCCUCUCGCUGGCCCUCCACCUGCUGACGUUGUGCUGCUACCUGGAGUUGCGCUCUGAGUUGCGGCGGGAACGGGGAGCCGAGUCCCGCCUUGGCGGCCCCGGCACCCCUGGCACCUCUGGGACCCUCAGCAGCUCCGGUGGCCUGGACCCUGAUGGUUCCAUCACCCGCCACUUCGGGCAGCCGUCACCUCAGCAGCAGCCCCUGGAACCGGGAGAAACCACAUUCCCCCCAGACUCCCAGGACGGGCACCAGAUGGCCCUUCUGAAUUUCUUCUUCCCUGAAGAAAAGUCAUAUUCUGAAGAGGAAAGUAGACGUGUUCGCCGCAAUAAAAGAAGCAAAAGCAGUGAAGGAGCAGAUGGUCCAGUUAAAAAUAAGAAAAAGGGAAAGAAGGCAGGCCCUCCUGGGCCCAAUGGCCCCCCAGGACCUCCAGGACCUCCCGGACCCCAGGGACCCCCAGGGAUUCCAGGGAUUCCUGGAAUUCCAGGAACAACUGUUAUGGGACCACCUGGCCCUCCAGGUCCUCCUGGUCCUCAAGGACCCCCUGGCCUCCAGGGACCUUCUGGUGCUGCUGAUAAAGCUGGAACUCGAGAAAACCAGCCAGCUGUGGUGCAUCUACAGGGCCAAGGGUCAGCAAUUCAAGUCAAGAAUGAUCUUUCAGGUGGAGUGCUCAAUGACUGGUCUCGCAUCACUAUGAACCCCAAGGUGUUUAAGCUACAUCCCCGCAGCGGGGAGCUGGAGGUACUGGUGGACGGCACCUACUUCAUCUAUAGUCAGGUAGAAGUAUACUACAUCAACUUCACUGACUUUGCCAGCUAUGAGGUAGUGGUGGAUGAGAAGCCCUUCCUGCAGUGUACUCGCAGCAUCGAGACGGGCAAGACCAACUACAACACUUGUUACACCGCGGGUGUUUGCCUCCUCAAAGCCCGGCAGAAGAUCGCCGUGAAGAUGGUGCACGCAGACAUCUCUAUCAAUAUGAGCAAGCACACUACCUUCUUUGGGGCCAUCAGGCUGGGCGAGGCCCCUGCAUCCUAGAUUUGUCCUGUUUUACCCCUUACCUGUGCCCUUGCCCCAGGUUUGGGAGCUGGGACUUCCGGAACCUGUAAGUGCUGCUGUGGAGUGAGGUAUAUGGGUGCUGCAGCCACAGAGAGAAAUGCCCC